UGCUAGGGUAUUUUGGAUGGCGUCGAAGGAUGUGGUGGGGAAGUCGGCGGUGACGACGAUCGUGAGCCUGACAGAGGAGGCGAAGCUUGCCAGGGAGAGGGUCAAGGCCCCCGGCCACGCGAUCCUCAGCAUCUGCAAGUGCCUCGUCACCGGUGGCGUCGCAGGCGGAGUAUCGCGAACUGCCGUUGCUCCACUUGAACGCUUGAAAAUCUUGCUUCAGGUCCAAAAUCCUCACAAUAUCAAGUAUAAUGGAACAAUCCAUGGUCUCAAAUAUAUAUGGAAAACGGAGGGCUUUCGUGGACUUUUCAAAGGAAAUGGUACUAAUUGUGCGAGAAUAGUUCCAAACUCAGCAGUCAAGUUCUUUAGUUAUGAGCAAGCUUCAAGUGGAAUUUUGUGGCUUUAUCGGCGGCAAUCUGGGGAUGAAGAUGCUCAACUGACUCCUGUAUUGCGACUUGGAGCUGGAGCUUGUGCUGGAAUCAUUGCUAUGUCUGCUACUUACCCCAUGGACAUGGUUCGAGGAAGGAUUACAGUGCAGACUGAGAAAUCCCCCUAUCAGUACCGAGGAAUGUUUCAUGCGUUAGGCACAGUCUACCGGGAAGAAGGCUUUCGUGCUCUGUACAAAGGCUGGCUUCCUUCUGUUAUUGGAGUUAUUCCGUAUGUCGGCCUCAACUUUGCUGUGUAUGAAUCUUUAAAAGACUGGUUAGUCAAGUCCAAGCCAUUUGGCCUUGUUGGUGAAGACUCAGAUCUGAGCGUGGUGACGAGGCUCGCAUGUGGAGCUGCUGCUGGAACUGUGGGACAGACUGUUGCCUACCCUCUUGAUGUCAUCAGGAGAAGAAUGCAGAUGGUGGGCUGGAAGGAUGCUGCUUCUAUCGUCACCGCUGAAGGCAGGAGCAAAGAACCGCUUGAAUACACUGGGAUGGUGGACGCUUUCAGGAAAACAGUCCGUUACGAAGGUUUCGGUGCAUUAUACAAGGGCCUUGUUCCGAACUCAGUAAAGGUGGUGCCGUCCAUUGCGAUUGCCUUUGUGACGUAUGAGGUUGUGAAGGAUAUCCUUGGAGUCGAAAUGAGAAUAUCGGACUGAAGGGAUGAAGCAGGCCAAAUUCGAGAGCUGUGCUUGUCGGGACGUUGAUCGCCAUUUUUGCAGGUAGGAACAGCUUAAGGUCUCUCAGCCUAUGUUGAUACAUUAAAUUACUUUUCAAUUUACGGCUGGAAUAUUUCCACCUCGAACCGUAGAAGAAAUAAAUCGGCUGUACCGCAGGGAGGCGAAUUUCUGUAGUUAUCUAAAUUCACCAAUUAUUCGGUGUGUCAUAUUUAAGAUCACACGGUGCAUUGACUCACUCUGCAACUUCACUUUUCUGUUUAGUUGUGGAAUUCUAGCAUUCUUGCUAUUGUAUUUUAAUGAUUUGCCAUCCCUCAAGUUGUUUCCAUGUUCUAACAAUUGAUUGAAUGGUAAGUACAAGAUGUCGUGCUUUUGUUAUAUGCGACAAUUUCGGUGAAUAA